GUGACGGGAAUCACGGUUCGCGCUGGCGGGCGACGCCAGAGAGCCCACUGCCUGGAGCAGAUUAAUAUUAAAAUUGGAAGUUUGUAUCUUUUACUGGAUCUUGGAAAUUAAAUGUAAUGGCAAUGGAAUUUAUAAAGAGUUGCUGUAGAGGAUGUUUCUAUGGUGGAACAGAAAAGCACAACUUAUACACGGAAAGAGACUUUAAAGUAUCAAGUAGUCAAAAUACUACUAUCAGUAUACCUCCAUUGACUUCCAUUUCUGUAAAGCCUCAGGUUGGCUGUACUGAGGAUUAUUUACUUUCCAAAUUACCAUCUGAUGGCAAAGAAGUACCAUUUGUGGUGCCCAAGUUUAAGUUAUCAUAUAUUCAGCCCAAGAUGCAAGGAACUCCUUCACAUCUGGAAGAACUUCAAGGAUCUGCCAGAGCAUCUUUUGGAGAUCGAAAGGUAGAACUUUCUAGUUCAUCCCAGCAUGGACCUAGCUAUGAUGUAUAUAACCCAUUCUAUAUGUAUCAGCACGUGUCACCUGAUUUGAGUCGGCGCAUUCCUCCUCCUUCAGAAGCAACGAGACUAUAUGGAUCAGUUUGUGAUUUAAGGACCAAUAGACUUCCCAAUUCCCCGGUGCUAAGCAAGUCUAUGUUUGAUCUUACAAAUUCAUCUCAGCGGUUCAUCCAGAGACAUGAUUCAUUGUCCAGUGUGCCCAGUAGUUCUUCUUCAAGGAAAAAUUCUCAAGGGAGUAACAGAAGCCUGGAUACAAUUACUCUAUCAGGAGAUGAAAGAGAUUUUGGGAGAUUAAAUGUGAAAUUGUUUUAUAAUUCUUCAGUUGAGCAAAUCUGGAUCACAGUUUUACAGUGCAGAGAUUUAAGUUGGCCCUCUAGUUGUGGAGAUACUCCUACUAUUUCUAUAAAAGGAAUACUAACAUUUCCCAAACCAGUGCAUUUCAAAUCUUCAGUCAAGGAAGGCUCGAAUACUAUUGAAUUUAUGGAAACUUUUGUAUUUGCUAUUAAACUCCAAAGUCUACAAACUGUAAGACUUGUAUUUAAGAUUCAAACCCAAACCCCUAGGAAGAAAACCAUUGGCGAAUGCUCACUAUCACUCAGAACUCUUAGCACGCAGGAAAUGGAUUACUCUUUGGAUAUAUCACCACCUUCAAAAAUUUCUGUUUGCCAUGCAGAACUUGAAUUGGGGACUUGUUUUCAAGCGGUAAAUAGCAGAAUUCAGGUACAAAUUCUUGAGGCACAGUACCUUCCAAGCUCAUCGACACCCCUGGCUUUGAGUUUUUUUGUGAAGGUGGCAAUGUUGAGUGCAGGAGAGUUGAUUUAUAAGAAGAAGACACGCUUACUGAAGGCCUCCAAUGGGAGAGUAAAGUGGGGAGAGACUAUGAUUUUUCCACUUAUCCAGAAUGAAAAAGAAAUUAUUUUUCUUAUUAAACUUUAUAGUCGAAGCUCUGUAAGAAGACGACAUUUCGUGGGGCAGAUUUGGAUAAGUGAAGAUAGUAAUAACAUUGAAGCAGCGAACCAGUGGAAGGAGACAAUUACAAAUCCAGAAAAGGUUGUUAUCAAGUGGCACAAAUUAAAUCCAUCUUGAAGACCUCGCAUAUUAAUUUGGUGAAGAACUUGACAUUCUUUUAAAAGACUUAUAAUUUCAGUUUGCUACCAAUGAGAAGAGAUAAAUCAGUACAUUUGUCAGUUUAUUUAUGGAGGUCUUAAUUAUAGCAUAUAAUGGAUCUAAUAGAAAAUUAAACUUGAUGAAAAAAUGGGAUGAAUUAUAUCAGUUUUCCAAAGUAAAAGAAAUAUUUUAAAACUGUGCUGAAAUAGACAAUAAAAUAAAUGGGUAGUAUUACUAGGGCAACUAAAUAAAUUAUAAAAUCAAUGAAAAUAUCAGCCAUAGAUAGUUACUGCUAUGUUUCGGGGGUUUUUUAAGCUUUACCUAGAUAGUCAAAAUCCGGUAUAUCAAGCCUUUGUUAUACUUUAGGCAUUUAGAAGACUUUUAGCACUAUUUCAGUGCUAGUCAUUGUUGUUAGGUCUUAACUCCAUUGUUUACUUCUUUCUACAUAGUUUCUCUCAGAAAGCAAAAUUGAAUUGAACCACUUCAACUCUUCUGUAUUUGGGGGGAAGUUUGUGCGCUGUGUUUGUCAUUUCUUACCCAUAAGUUAUCACAUUGUAAGCUAUUUAUUGCCAAGAAACUUCAGGCAUAGAAAACUACGUUUUGGCAAGAAUAAAUGAAAACACCAGAAGAUGAAGCUAAAUUGGAAACCUAGUAUACACACAUUUUGCUAUAUUUUCCUCCUUCACGGCCUCUUUGUUUUACUUGGACUUGAAAUAAGAUUAUCAUCCAUAUAUGGCCCAUCCUAAUUAGCAGAAUUAAAUGAGCUUAAGUAGCAAAUUGAGAGUUUUAUGAUUACUUCCUUGUUUUUAGUUCUUAGAAUAUAAAAUAUAAAUUACUUGUUCUAUAAUCUGCAACAUUAGGACAUUAGAAUAUUUUCCUGUAUUUUUGAAAUAACCAUACAUGAUAACACUAUGUAGCAAAUAAAUAUUUUCUGUUGCAGUUUCUCUCAGGUAAUUAUUACAACUCAAUAUAUAAGGAUAAUUUCAGUUUAGUUGAUAAUACAAGCUAUGGCCGAAAAGCACAGUUGUUUGGAGAAACAGAUAACACCAUCCCUGAUCUUGGAAACCAUGACUUUAUUUUUGCCGAUGGGUAGACUAAGUUUUUUGUGUUCAUGGUCUUCCAUUUUUCUUUUUCUCUUACCUUGUCCCACACAUGCCAAGAGAUAGAUGGUGAUAUUUUAGGAUAGAAGUAUAUACUUUGCUGUAACUUAAGUCUGCCCUUUUCAUUUUAAUUCUUAAUUUCUCUGUAUCCCAUUAAGAUUUUCUCAAUAAAACGCUAAUUCCUCUUUGCUUAGGUACCACCUCCUCAAGCUACAAAUUGUACAUAUUUUACAUGCCCUUUUCUUCUGUAGCCUAGAAUUUAUGGUAUACUGGUGAUGUUGACAGGUACUCUCUGACACUGCGCAUUUUGAAAUUUUUUUUUUUUUAGAUGUGUGAAAAAUGGCCUAUUG